UUUCCGAUUCAUGAGUUAAAUUACUAGAGUUACUCUUGAUAGGAAAAAAAGCUUGACAUAAAAGUCAACACCUACUGAAUUGAUAGGAUUUUCAGAGAAAAAGAGGAAAUUCAUUGAUCAGCUUCUCUUUUCAAAGUAUAAUGAAUUUCAGAAGACAAUCUCAAUUGAAACAAAAAUUCAAUGUAAAGUAGAAGUAAAAUAUGAAUCUUUUGUCUGUGUCAUCUUAACAACAUUUUAAAAUGAAAAAACGACUUUCUCAACCCGAUGAUGCCAUUGCAUUGGAUCCAAGCUUCAUUGGAGUUUCCAGGCCAUUUCCAUUUCCAUUCAGAUAUGUUGUUAUGUUCAUGAUUUUCAUGUGUAUGCUAGUUGGUUAUUCAAUCCGUAAUAUAAUCAAUGUUGCUCUUCUUGCUAUGGUAAAUGAUUCGCCCAAUCCCUCACCAAAGACAUUGAACAAUCAAGAUGUCCUUUCAUCUUUAUUUGCCAAAAAUCAGUCAGUUACAUUUGAUUGGAAUCAAAAUGACCAAGCAUUGAUUUUAGGUGGCUAUUUUUACACCUUCACUGGGUCUCUACUAUUAGGUGGAAUCAUUACCGACAAGUUAAAUAUAAUCUGGCUUCUGUCCAUUACUCAAACUAUAACCGCAAUCAGUACAUUGGUAACUCCAAUCGCAGCGUCAACCAGUGUUUAUUUGUUGAUUGUUGCUCGAAUGAUUAUUGGACUUAUGCAUGGAGUCAUGCUACCAGCUUGUUUCAACCUGAUUGAACACUGGUUUCCUACUGGUGAAAUUGCUAUAGCUCAAAGUCUUAUGGCUGUGGGUGCUAAUUUUGGUACAGCAAUUUCAAUGCCUGUAACUGCUUGGCUUUGCUCUUCUAACCUUUGGGGUGGCUGGCCUUCUGCAUUUAUAAUAUUUGGAUUGAUUAAUUCAAUUUUUGUUGUUAUCUUGUUCAUUGGAAUCUCAGACGGUCCUCAGUCUAAUCGUUGGAUCUCACAAUAUGAGAAAGACUAUCUCGCACAAGUUGUCGUUAAUAAAGGCACUAAAAGAAAGAAGAUUAAAACCCCUUGGAUAAAAUUGUUCACAUCUUUGCCACUUUGGGCUGUUUUUUGGAAUCGUGGAUUGAUUGGUUUAGCUUAUUACACAGUCAACUCCAAGAUUCCAGUUUACAUGGAGAAGGUUCUUAAUUAUAAAAUUGAAAACAAUGGCUUGUUGAAUUCACUAUUUUAUGUUUUUGUUUGUAUGGCUCAAUUGAUUGCUGGCCCUGCAUCAAAAGCAAUCAUAUUAAAAGGCUGGUUAUCCAGAACAGUUACCAGGAAAAUUUUUGAAUCCAUUGCUUGCCUUGGAUUGGCAUCUGGUUUGAUGAUUAUAUCAUUUUUGGGCAAUCAACCAACUAUUGUGGUGAUUGUAUUAAUUAUAUCAAUGUUUUUCUACGGCUUUGAUACUGGAGGAAAUAUACCCAUUGUACCCGAAAUGGCACCCAAAUAUGUUGGAACAGCGUUUGGCUUUUCAAAUACAUUGAUCAGUGCUUCUGGUUUCAUCGCACCAGCUUUAAUUGGUUAUAUACUAGGAGAUGACACUGAAUCAGUGAGCAAAUGGAAUCUAGUGUUCCAUGUCGUUGCUGGUCUUCAAGUGGUAGGAAUACUUAUAUUCAUUACUUUUGCCACUUCUGAACCCCAAGCUUGGGCCGCUAUUGAUGAUAAUAAUGACGAGGAAGAUGAAAAUGACAGAAAAGACGUUCCUAAUCAACUACGGGCAUAAAAAAUCGAAUGGUAAAAACACUGUUUUUGGUAAGGUUUUGGAUGGAAUGGAUGUUGUUAAAGCGAUUGAACAGUUGGCCACUGACAGUGAGGAUAAACCAUUCACAGAAGCAAAAAUUGUUGAUUCAAUGGUUAUCGAUGCUGAUGAAAUGAUCAUCUUAAGCCAGUGAAAAUUAACCGAAUAGUUCAACAGAUCUAAAUAUUUAUCAAUUGAUGUACUUUUUUCAUAUUUUAUAACGAAACUGAAAUUUGUUUAUUGUUUAAACCCAGAAUGUUGUUAUUGUGAACAUUGAAUUGUAAAGAUACUUCUUACUUUACAAGUUUUGAUUGAAUGGUGGACAAUUUGUUGUCGAUACCAAUCAAGCUUUGAUUAUUAAAUAAAUUAAACAAAAAUUGACACUUA